GUUUGAACCUCUUCCAAACUAUUCAGAGUCACGCCUCUAUUGUGCAACGACGUAGCAGUACUCGAUCCAAAAAUGCCGCCAAAAAAACGAGCACGCGUUAGCCAGGCGUCGACGCCGCAGCCAAAACCGUUGAUGGAAGCGUCGUCGCCGGAAUCGCAGACGGAGAAGGCGAAUGUGCUUGCAGACCCAUGGACGGAUGACGAGGAGUCGCAACUAUUCAAAAGCGUGAUCAAAUACAAGCCAACAGGCAUAAAUAAACACUUCCAGAUGAUCCACAUUGCGCGCGAGAUGUCGUCGCACGGCUUCAAUGAACCACACACGCGUAUCCCGGGCAUAUGGGCGAAGCUAGAAUCAUUGUACGACCUGCAGAUUUUAGACGAGCGCGAGAAUCACCACAUGGGAAUUCUUGCCACCCCGUCGGACACGGAACAGUCUGAGCAAGAUGAGGACGAGGACGAAGACGAGGAGGAAAACUUCUGGAAGCGACGUGACUUUGACCUGCCAGAGGACGUCCGAGAUUUGGCAUUCGCAAGGCGUUUCAGCGGAGAAAAAUUGUCUUCCCCAGAGGCAAUCGAGGGUUUGAAUCGCACACGGAAUGUGCUACGUGACGACGAACUUCGGGAAAAGAGGGAAGAGUAUGACAAAGAGGACACGAAUAGUCUGCGAGGCAAGGGAAGGAAAGCAACGGCCGUAAGAGCCAUGAGAUCAAGAGGCGGAAGGUCUAUGAGAAGCACUCCUGCAGAGAUUGAAGAGAGUGAAGAAGGCAUCGAAGAAGAUGAGGUCAGUACGAUUGAUGAUUCCCCUCAGGGGAAGGGUUCGAAGAGACUAGCAUCGAGAAUGGGAUCGAUAAGAAGGUCACGACGGAGGUAAUCGACGUAAAGCCUUGAAAUACUCGGCAAGCAAGUCGAAAAUACGUCAGUAAACUUGCGACAAAUUUCUUAUUCGGUCGAGCUCCUCCAUCGUCUUGAGUGAUUCAUCACUCCACUGCUUAGCGUUCGCUAUCGCGGCUCUUGGAUCGUGCUUAAAUCGUAAAAGGAAGCCCUGGAUUGCGGAUAGGCUGAGCUUGUUUUCCGGCAAUUGGUCCGCGAACUCGCCUGCCAGCCUCACCAGCUCUUCUUUGGUGAUAGGAUGACUGUUUAUAACCUCGAAUUUGUCCUUCUCGACGGGGUUUCCAUCAUCUGAUCCUGGCUGCUGUCCAACAAGCGCGCGCAAACCAUGACCGACUGGCAAUGUAUCACUCAUCUCGGCUCCACGGUACAUGCUUUCAAACAUUUCAACAAUCUCGGGCCUCUGCGGCAAUGUGAAUUGGAUAUGCAAAUCGACUCGGCCGGGCCUGAUGAGAGCCUGAUCCAAUUCCUUCGGCUUAUUCGUCGUCAUUAUGAGAAUUCUUCCUUCACUGCUGGCAACGCCGUCGAUUGCGUUUAAAAGCCCGCUUAGACUGACACUUGCUGUUGGCUUUUUCCGCAGGCCGGAUUGCACUUUGUCCUCUGCGGAUUCAUCUCCGAUGACUUUUUUUAACUUGAGUUCAUCAGCACGCUUAAGACCCGCAGCGUCGAUAUCCUCGAGAAGCACGAUGCAGCGUGACGGCACGCUUGAGAACAGACGUACGAGGAUCUCCUCAGUCAAAUAUGGGUCAACUAGAGUAAGCACAUAGAUGUCUAAGCCAAAGACCCCGGCAAGCGCUGCAGUGAGACUUGUUUUGCCUGUGCCUGGCGGACCGGAGAAUAGGUAGCCCCGUCUGUAGGGUAUGCCUAGGCAGAAUUAGCACUGAAUGAUUUUCUUUUAAGAAAAGUGAAAACAAAGCAUCCUACCGUGAUUGGCAUAC